AUGAAUAUUAAUUUAUUCUUUUUUAAUUAUCUCCAAAGUUCAUACCCUAACCUAUACACUCGUUUAAAAAUGCAAUUCUCAUCAAUCUUAUCUGUUGCCGCUUUCACCACCUUAGCCGCCGCUGCUGUUUCUAACACCACCCUCACUGAAACUGAAUGGUCAACCACCUUACUCACCAUUACUUCUUGUGAAGAAGUUAGUGUAUGUACUGAAAAAGUUGUUUCAGCUACCAAGGUUGUUACUACCACCACUGUUCACGGUGUUGAAACUGUUUACACUACCAUCUGUGAAAUCACUGAAGAAGCAUCCAAGACCCCAGCUCCAGUUGCUCCAACUAGUAAAGCUCCAGCUCCAGCUCCAGCCCCAGCUCCAACCAGUCAAGCUCCAGCUCCAGCUCCAGCUCCAACCACCGUUGCUCCAAAACCAGCUGUUACCACCACUGUUGAUAUCUACAGUACCCUUAGAAAGAAUGCUACCUCAGUUCCAGUCUACGAAGGUGCCGGUAACAAUGUUAAAGCCGGUAUGUUCUUAUUAGCUUUAGCUCCAUUAGCUGGUCUUAUCUAA